AUGAGACUGUCUCAAUCGAUCGCGUGGCUGCUCACGAGCUUUGCCAGCGAAGGUCUUUGUUCAGAAAUCGAGUCUCAGCUGCAAAGUGGUCUGGUCGAUAAGAAUGUGGCAGACGUGGCAGGAGGCGAUGUCGCGCAGAGAGCAAACCUGGUCUCGACUCCCAUUGCCUCACUCGUUGAGGUUCAUGAAGUGAUCGUCACCAUGGAGGACGUCCCGGAUAAGCCCAGGCCCCGUCAUGAGCAAGAGAAGAAGAAUCUCAUGAAGCGCUUGAGCAAGUCUCAUGGCAAAUGGGACACUAAUCAUCCUCGUCACCGUCUGAUGGAGGCGCUCUUUGGGUUCAGCCGUUACAAGGCAAGACAGAUGGCGGAACUCAACCGAUGGAAAGACCUGUACACCCACGUGCUGGAAAAGACGAUCGGGUACUCUAAGAAGUUCGAGACGGCUGAAACACUGCACGAUCUGAAUCAGGAAUUAUGCAACGAGAUCGUCGAAGCCGCGCUUGAGUACUACGGCGUCUCACACGAGGAGCUGGCUGCACACAGUAAGGCCAAGGACGCCGCCAAUCAGCUUGCCGAUAGAGUCAGUGUCUCUCAGGCGUUGAAGCACUUUGUGAGAGACUGGUCUACAUCGGGCCGAGGAGAGCGCGAGGACGCGUUCCCUUGCAUUCUGAGCACAAUGGAGUCCCUCUUCCCUGACAGGUCAGACAAAGACAUGAAGGUGUUACUCCCGGGCUCCGGGAUCGGCCGUUUGGGUCACGAGAUUGCCUCGCUGGGCGGCAUCGAUGUUACCAUCAAUGAGUGGUCGAUGUUCAUGAACCUCGCUUAUCGAUUUCUCGAGGCGCAUCCACGACCAGGUGCCAAGUCGGUUCACCCGUUCAUAGACAGCUGGUCUCAUCACGCGACUAAUGACGAUAUGUUUCGCGGGGUUUCCUUCCCUGAUGCGCGAGUAAACGCCAGCUCUGUACUCCUCGUUGAAGGUGACUUUGUCACACAGUUCAAGAGUCACAAAGGAGAGUACGAUGCCAUCAUCACGCACUUUUUCAUCGACACUGCAAGGAAUGUCAUGAGCUACUUCGACGUUAUCCACGCAGCUCUCAAGCCGGGAGGUUAUUGGAUCAACUUUGGGCCAUUGCUUUGGGGAACUGGCCCUUUCGUGCAACUGUCGUUGGAUGAGAUAAUAUCGAUCGCCAAGACCAUGGGCUUCGAGCUCAUGAAAACAACAGGGAUGUGUGGGGAGAUCACGUUCGAAGGUGAGGUAGUCAGGGGUAAAAGAGCGGUAUACGGGUUCAACGAGAUGGCCCUGACAGAGAAUGCAUACUCCGCGCAAUUUUGGGUAGCAAGAAAGUCGUUUUGA